GCAUUAACUCAUGAAGCUGAGCUAAACAUCAUACGAUUAAAUCUCAUACGACCCCUUCGAAUCUUAUUUAUCUAUUAUUUAUAUAAAAGGCCUACGUACAAGCGGAUUCUUCUCUCUUUUAAUGCUCUUUAGGUAGUACACAAACUUCAAGAUGAGAGCUACGUGCAGGCUACUUCAGAGUUGCAGGAUCACACUCUUUACUCGUGAAAACUGCGGCCUCUGCACUGAAGCCAGGUCGGUUCUCUCCAACGUAUGGGACUCCCGGCCCUUCCAAUUUAAGGAGAUAGAUAUAAUCAAGUCUGAUUUCAAGCCGAGAUGGAGGGAUUUGUAUGAGUUUGAUGUUCCUGUGAUUCACAUCAACAAAUCUUCAGCUCCCGAGGAACAUCCAGACUCAGCUUCAAAAGCAGUCAAGCUUAUGCAUCGAUUUACUACCGACCAGGUCAAGGCCAAAAUGGACCUCGUUGAAGAGUCAUAGGAGUCUGGCUGGAGACGAAUACUAGGUAUAUCCAUUGGCUACGAACAUGCAAUAUCAAUAACCAAUCUCAAACACAUGAAGCUUUACC